CUUAUAUUCAUUCCACAUCAUAGGAAAAUUCUCUCUCAUUCUCAUCGUUUUGAGUUUACAAUAAACCUAAGAGCAGGAGAACGAACAUUCAUCAGCCACUGACGCAAUGCCCCACUUCUCAAGCCCAACCUCUCGCUGGUCCGCUCUCCAGUCGCGCAACCCGCUCGCAGCAAGCUCUUUCAUCUACGCUGUCACAACAACCAAAAUAUACUGCCGACCAACCUGUCCCUCGAGAUUAGCUCGCAAAGCCAACGUCAAGUUCUACGACUCAGCAGAUGAGGCAGAAGCAGCGGGAUAUCGCGCCUGCAAGAGAUGUCGACCAGAGUUGAAAGAGAUUAAUGGCGAUCCUCAGAAGGUCUUUGUUGAUCGCGCCUGUGAAUUGAUUCGAAAUGAAGGGGAUGGGGAGAAGUGGGGUGUUAAGGGAAUGGCGAAAGACGUCCGGUUGACGGAGAGUCAUUUUUGUUGGGUUUUCAAGAAGGUUGUGGGUCUGACGGUUGGAGAGUAUCGAAGCAGUCUUGGAAGAGGGAUAGAGAAUCAGGUGGAUGAGUCCGCAGAUGGUGGUGGUCAGUUGAGUAAUAUUGACUUGGGAAGCUUCCAGAGUUUAGAUUUCUUGUGGGAAUUAGGCGAUGGGGGAGAAGGGCCUGCCGCGUCAAGCAUCGAUCAUGGUGGACUGUUCGAGUUCUUUGAGCCCCGGUUCCUGGAAUAUGGUAGCGAUAUUUUGGAGGUCCUGACUUGGAGCAUACGGUGGAUGAAGGCUUAUGCACUGACUACUUCUAACUUGUAAGUACUAGUACAAGGGUUUUUAGAAAGACAUAAAUUUCCAAAAUCAUGUAUCUCAGUGGUUCGAUACUUUAUCAAUAA